UUUUAAUGUAGAUUACAAUUAAAACAGGAAGAUUAAGGUUAAAUAUUAGUUAUUAAUCAAUUGCGCAAUGGUCUUAAAACUGGAUGAUAGUAAGUAGUUUUCUUCAAACAGACGUUGAUGAGUUUUAAAGGGCUGAAAACUGACACCUGAUCUUGUUGAGAAGCAAUGGCCGGGAUAGCAAGGGAGAAACCCUUAUCAAGCAUUGGUGCCCGAUCGUUGGUAGACGUCAGCCCGAAGUGCUUGCAUGAGAUUUUGAGAAAGCAGGAUAGGCUCAGGCAGCUUUUGCAUAUGAGAUGGUCCCAUAAAUUUGUUGUUCUUGCCCAUACGUGUCUGUAUGUAUUUGGCAAUGAAAAGAGUACCUGCUAUGAAGUCGCAUUCUCUAUGGCAGACGUUAAAUGUGUGAGCGAACACACAAGGGGUGACCAGUAUUUUUACCUCACUUUCAACGAUCCGGAAAGGGAACACAUCGUGUUUUCCUGUGAUACAAAUAAGUCACAAAAGAAAUGGAUGAAAAAGCUCAGGGAAGCAAUGAAUGAGGCGUCAGACUCAGGAAUAGGAUAUGAUGAGAUCGCCGAACAGUCGGACGAUGAGGAUAUAUGCAAUGCAGACGACGAUGAUAAAGAGGAUACUAUGUUGGCAAUGACAGCGGCAAAGAGACCCAACACCUAUAUUCAAAUAAAUGACAACGACGUUAUGUCUGCAGAUGACGACUGUUCUACGUCUGCUGACAACCAUGGUGAAGAACCUCAAUAUGCAAAUACACGACACCAUGGAGCCUUACGAGAUGAACCAAUAACGGGACGUCACAAGCAAGGAUCAACUGUAGUUUUGCCACCCGCAUACCCAGCAACAACACAAAAAAAGCCGCAAGCUGAGCCAUUAACAGGACAUGACACGCCUCGAUCAGAUGUGGCCAUGACCCCAAAUUACACUCCUGAAGUAGGCAAACCGAAUAAAAAGCAGACAUUCGGAACUAGGAAGAAAACGGGGGAAACAGACGAGGAGAAUAAACAUUCUAAGUUUAUACCCACCGACAAUAGAAACUCUUUAUCGUCAACAAGUUCAACGGAUUCAGAAAACGCUUUCAUCCUUGUUUCUGGCGGAGAAAGCCCUAUUGUGCCGAAAGUAAAGGCCGAUCAUCGAACUUCAACAUUUGAGAAUAGCUAUGAAAACGUGCAUCUCGAAAAUGACGCUCUUGAUAUAUCCUUGGCGAACCCCGAGAAUGAUGAUCAACGUAAACAUGGGCAGCACAACAUUACCGGAGUGCACAAGGACCGCCGUCCAAAGACUAACACAAAAAUGGAAAACAAGAACAGGUACCAAAUGAAUUCCGCUUCUGAAACAAAUUCAGAAAACGCCAUAAAUCAUGUAUCUGGAAGAGCUGAUCAUUCUUUGACAGAAGUAAAGAAGAAAGAGGAGUUAGAACAACCUACACAUGGGCAGCGCAGAAUUCAAGAAGGAAUGGAUGACAAUCCGGGGUACCAAAUCGAUACAAAUUCGUUAUCGGCUUCGGAAACAAAACCUGAGAACGCCAUGGCGCAUGUGGUUGGCAGAGAAGGAAAUUCUUUGAAAGCAUUCAACAAUAAAGAGGCAUCUCCAUGGAUGAAGGAGAGGAUCAAUGUUCUGGAACGAUCUUUAAAAUUCAAAACAACGAUGGGGAAGGGACUUCAAAGAAGCUGUUCAUCUUCAAUAUUGCAAGGUUCUGCUCAGACAACUGUACCCGUGGUUCCAGGGGGCUAGAACCCCGUUACAGGACGAAUCGCUCUAUGAAAACUCCCAAGAUUUGUAUGAGAAUUCAGAAAGACCUUGCCAAGAAAAGUGAAAUGUGACACCCAGCUACAACUAAGUGACAGUCUAGUGCGUCCACUGGUUACUUGGACUAUCCCAUUGGCUUAUAUUGCAUUUGUUUCAUCCGUAAAUCUGUUUUGAUUUGUAAUAAUCGGAAUCAUAAGCUGUACAUUACCAUGUAUUUCUUUAUUGUAACCCGUUUAAAACCGUUUUCUUUGUAUUUUAUCGUGCAUACUUACAUAGACCUUUGAGAUUUGGAUUAUCAUAACACGUAUUCUGAUUACCCAUUCCAUUUAUGACUUUGACGUUAAAGCUAUGCCAUUAAAUGGGGUUUAUCUUUAACGUUUCGACUCCAGAAUUUGUUUCCGUAGUUUUUUAUAUAAACAUUUAAACAUUUUGGAACUAGUUUGUACCUUGCGCAAGGUACAGACAUGAGUUUACCAAGGGAUAUUUCGGGGUUUUUUGGUUAAAAUUAUAUUUAAGGAUUCGCAUUGCAAAAUCUAUUCAAUGAUGCGUUAUGGUUGUAUGAGGGUACAUAUCGCUGUUUCAUUUGUUUUACAUUACUGUCUUGUCUUUUUCAUAAUAAGUAUAUACAUGAAACGAUAUCAUUUUCUUAUUGAAACGAACAAAUGUGUGAUAUGAUUAGAAAAUCUUCGUAUGUCAGAAAACUUUGAUAGCCUUCAAAGGGCAAUUGACUUAAAGCUACCAAAGUCAAUAUGUUCUCAUAUUUUUCAACUCAAAACGCAAUACAAAAGAGCAUAUUUCGAAAAACAAUAUUCCUUCUGGACUGACAACGAACAUUUACUUUUCCCUAAUAGACAAAUAAAUGUUUAAAUAAGGAAUCAAUGGGUACAUAAUUACAGCACUGAAAAUCCUGAACGGAUGCCUUUAAAUAUGAAUAAAGUAUGAUGUAACGGUAUAAUAUAAUUCAUAAAUUAUUUGUGCACAUAUUCUUGAUAAAUAGCGGGAUUUGUCGUUGCAAAAUAUUGAUUAAGCGCAUCAUGUUAACAGUCGGCUGGGCUUUAUAUGUUUCCAUACUAUGGACAGAAAAUGCAGGUUUAAUAAGAUACAUCCAAACUCAUUCUUUAUGGCGUUCGUAACAUAUCAUUUGAAGCACUGACCUUCGACCGGUCACAUAAAUAUUUUACCUUACAUAACGUCAGACAUACAAAACACACCGAAAUGACCAUGGAUGAACGUGUCGUCGCUAUGUUUCUUUUGAUAUGUAUGUACAGGAACACAUUAGCUUACGUUUUUGUGUACACUUGUACUGUUUAUGAUAAUUUUUGCGUUGAUUUUUCUUAUUUAAUCGCUUUGUUUUGCUCAUUCCACAAUGUAAGUUUUGAAUACAAUGUCUUACUAUGAAUAUGUUUUGUAUAUUUUAAGCGUCAUGUUUUAUAUUAUACCCAGUUGUGAUUGGCCUGUGUCAUCUUUGUAUUUGCUAUGUAUUUUAAAUGACAUGUACGUGUAAUAUAUUCUCUUAAAGAAUCAACACAUUCAACAUUCUAUGUUUGUAGUGGAAAAGUUUCAACGAUUGUAAAUUUAUUUUUAUGUUUAUAUGCACUUAUAUAUGACUGUGCAUUUAAACUGAGAUUAUUAACAGGCGUUUUCAUAUUAGUACUUAGUGUAUUAAACAUUUGUGUAAACAAGAAAAAAUUG